AUUGCAUCACGACGUUACAGUGCGAAGAACAUGUUCACCAAUAAGCGUCACCCUCAACCCGCCACCUUCACCAGUCACCAUUCAAUCUCGCGGCAAUGAAAAGUAGCCUUUUGCAGGCUGUCCUAUACGGUGGACUCAGCUGCAUAGCCAAUGAAACAAAUUGCCUAGCCAACUCCUCCAUUACCACUCUGGUCGACUUGGCUGAUUGCUUCAACAAUUACACUGUUCGAAAGGAUUAUUACAACCUAGAGACAUAUGCUGCAGCACAACCGGAUUCUGCACAGCUGGAGUCAUGGGACGAUUUGAUCACUUCGCUCUUAUACGUCGAUAACAACUGCACUUCCGUCGCAAUUCCUCCCAGCCUCCAGGACGUCUACACCAUUUCAAUAUUUGACUCGUACUGCGUGCUCUCUGAGAAAUAUGUCAACGAGAUGAAGUUUUAUGACAAGGGAUGGGGUUUAUUUAUCGUCCCUUCCUCGCGCAAUGGGAUCACACGUAACAUUCACCUCGCGAUGCCGCAUCCUUUAUUUGACUUCAGAACUCCCGCUCAAGCUGUGUCGCUUUUCAACAUGACCGGCGCAAGGAGUUUAUUGAUUUCUGGGAGACAUCGGAGGGCAUAUAAUUCGUCUACGGAUUGCGUACCAUCGACAAAGAGGACUACAUACUAUAAAACCGAUCCCACUCAUGACGUCAAGGAGCCUUUCAGUGCCGCGAGCAGGGCUAUAUGGGCAUGGCAGAAUGACAACGGCGGCUGCCCGACGAGUAGUUGCGCUUUCAUCCAGCUUCAUGGAAAGUCUCCCAAUACUUGCCCUACUGAUCAAAUGUUUCUAUCAAGUGGUCUGAGAAAUUCGACAUGGUAUGCAGACGACAUCGACAGACCUAUCAAGAGAAUUCGGAUGAAGUUGAAGGAUUCGUUUCCGAACUGGAACAUCUCGCUUCCGUCGGACAGUCCUUGUAUUUUCGCCGCAACGGAUAACAUUUUUGGGAGGCUCGUAAACGGAGUGGAGGAAUCGAAUGUUUGCAACGAGGCUGCCACUGCGGAUCGUUCGACCGGUGCAUUUGUUCAUAUCGAACAAGCUCCUGUGGCAACUUUUCAGGACGCGUAUACUGGGUGGACUGAGGCUUUAUUGGCUGCUUUUGAUCCAGCAUAAAAAUUUGUCCCCGCAUUGUUACCCUUUUCGGACCGAUCAAUAUAUUUAUUUGUUCCCAUUUUC